GCCUGGGCACUUCCUUUUGCUGAUCUUGACUCAUAGAACUUGAAAUCUGUCCUUGCACACAAGUUCAGUGCCAUAUUCUCCUGCUUGCAAUGGAUAGACAAGUGAUAUAUGCUGAUUUAAAUUUAUCUAGGGGUUCUUGCUUUGCGAGUUCAUCACCUCCAUCUCUUCCUCAAGAUGUCUGUCAAGGUUCAGCUUGGCAUCAGUUUGCUCUGAAACUUGGUUGUACCGCAGUUAUUCUUCUUACUUUGACUGUGAUUGGGUUGAGUGUUUCAGUGAUAUUCUUAAGACAAAACUCAUCAAUAGAAGAAUGUCGAGUAGAUGUUCAAGUGAACGGGAAUGAAACAACAGAGAAACCAAAUCUGUUACAGUGCCCAGUACAUUGGCAUCUACUCCAAGAAAAAUGCUUGUUUUUUUCUCAUGCUUCCAACACUUGGAAAGACAGUCUAACUGACUGUUCUGCGAAAGAAUCCAGUUUGCUGCUUAUUCAGGAUCAGGAAGAGUUGAGACUCAUAAGAGGACUGAUAUAUAAAAAAGAAAUUCUGUUUUGGAUUGGACUGAAUUUAACAUUAUCAGAGAAGAAAUGGAAGUGGAUAAAUGGUUCGUUUUUAAAUUCAAAUAUAUUACAAAUUGCUGGUUAUAAUAAAGAAAGCAGCUGCGUUUACAUCUCUCUGACAGGAAUUGUUUCAGAGAACUGUGAUGCAGAAAAUCAAUGGAUCUGCCAAAAAGAACUGAAACCUGACAGAAAUAAAAUAUGUUCUAAAUUCUGACUAC